AGCUGGUAAAGGAAAGACGACGAGAAGAAACCGCACGCUUCAACAUUCAUUCAAGUGUCACCACUGCCAUUAUUAUUUCCCUUCUUGUUUCUGAGGGCUUCUUUGCUGCUCUUCAAUACAAUUUUGCUUUAUAAGGAGAACGUGUAGUUGCCUGAGCUGCCGUUAGGGCGCAUCGUUCGAUAAGCACAAUCACACCUACAGAUACAUCUCCUGCUGCCUCACUCUUUUUCUUUACUGCUAUUUAGCCACGUGCAUAUCCAUUCACUUCGAUCUCUCUCCCCACCUCACCGCCAUCAUCGCCUUCCGAUGUCCUCCAUUAGUCGCUCUUCCGCUGCCGCCUCAGCGAAGAAGUACAAACUCGUGUUACUCGGUGAAAGCGGCGUGGGCAAGUCCUCCGUUGUCCAGCGGCUCAUGAAGAACGCCUUCAGCGAGAGCAUCAACAGUACCGUUGGCGCCUCCUUCUUUCGCUACACGUGCAACGUCGGCGAGGACACCGUCGUGUACUUCGACAUCUGGGACACCGCCGGUCAGGAGCGGUUUAAGAGCCUCGCCUCGAUGUACUACCGCGGUGCCGCUGCCGCGAUGGUGGUCUUUGAGAUCAACCUGGCGGACACGUUCGAAAAGGCGAAGUUUUGGGUGCGUGAGCUGCACGUCAACUCGCCCGAGACGCUGGUGGUGCUCGUGGGCAACAAGAAGGAUUUGGAGAGUGAGCGGCAGGUGUCGCUUGCGGAUGCGCAACGGGGAGCUGCGGAGAUGAACGCGCUGUACGUAGAGACGAGUGCCCGCAGUGGGGAGGGGGUGCAGGAGGCCUUUCAGACGGUGGCCCAGAAGUUGGCGGAGACGAACAGCACUGCGAUUGUGCGUGAGGGGGGAGUGGUAGGGCAGGCGGAGAGCGCAACACCGCGGCGCCGCGACGGCGGAUGCUGUUAA